AUCAAAUAAACGCCAUUUUACCACCCACCACAUUGGUGUGCACCGAGGUAGAUGGACAGACCGUUGAGUCCCUAACGAUUGCGAACACCUGUAUGAGGUCUUUCGCAGGCGGAAGGCUUCAUUUGGUGACCCCGACGUGAUCGUUAGGGAAUAGUGGUCGGCCACAGGCGGCGUGGCGAUCCUGCUCUCAUCCGUCUCCCGUGGGGAAGGAGGCGAUGACCCUAGAAGAGGGGGCUGCGGCUUAGGAGAGUGGAAGCUGGGUAGCGUCGGAGGGGGCUCUACGGCCGGGAGCCUGCUUAACCUGCCGAGGACCCAGGAAACCAUCGGAAGAGAAGCCCGGUGGCUGCUUGAUCCGCGGGAGAGAGAAUGCCCGGCGGAGUGAACAUGGAUGCCGUCAUAAAGGUGAUUUCGUCCGCGUGUAAGACCUAUUGCGGGAAAACUUCUCCUUCUAAGAAGGAAAUAGGGGCAAUGUUGUCCCUUUUACAAAAGGAGGGACUGCUUACAUCUCCCUCAGAUUUGUAUUCCCCGGGGUCCUGGGAUCCCAUCACCGCAGCGCUUUCCCAGCGGGCGAUGGUACUCGGGAAGUCAGGAGAGUUGAAAACCUGGGGACUGGUCUUGGGGGCGCUGAAGGCAGCACGAGAGGAACAGGUUACAUCUGAACAAGCGAAGUUUUGGUUGGGCUUGGGGGGAGGGAAGGUCUCUCCCACAUGUCCCACAGGAAAGCCAACUACUGAGCCUCAGGUCGAUGAGGAGAAAGAGAAAAUGGCUGCGCAGCAAGAAACGAAGAUGGUGCCGGGAGAGGCGACCGCGGCAAAAACCGUUGAGGCGACCGCGCCUAAAACCGUUGGCACAUCCUGUUGUCGUUGCAGAACAGAUGCUGGCUGCAGUUGCGCCACUGCUGCCCCCUCAGCCCCUCCUCCUUAUGUGGGGAGUGGCCUGUAUCCUUCUCUGGAGGGGUUGGGAGGGCCGGAGGGGGAGAGUGUAGCCACGUCACCGGUGGGGCGGGACGGUCCGCCCCGAGGGGUGGAACGAAGGGCGGAGCCAGGGUGCCCUGACUCGGCCCCUGGGCCAGCCUUGACUGAUUGGGCAAGGAUUAGGGAGGAGCUUACAAUGGCGGGCCCGCCCGUGGUGGCCAUGCCCGUGGUGAUAAAAACAGAGGGACCGGCUUGGACUCCUCUGGAGCCAAAAUUGAUUACGCGAUUGGCCGACACGGUCAGGACCAAAGGCUUACGAUCUCCAAUCACUAUGGCAGAAGUGGAAGCUCUUAUGUCUUCCCCGCUGCUGCCGCAUGACGUCACGAAUCUUAUGAGGGUCAUACUAGCCCCCGCCCAAUAUGCCCUGUGGUCGGACGCUUGGGACGUCCAGCUACAGACGGUUAUAGCGGCGGCUACCCGAGACCCUCGACAUCCAGCGAAUGGUCAGGGGCGGGGGGAACGAACUAACUUGGAUCGCUUAAAGGGCCUAGCGGAGGGAAUGGCCGGGAAUCCUGAGGGCCAGGCUGCGCUUUUGAGACCGGGGGAGUUGGUUGCUAUCACGGCGUCGGCUCUCCAGGCGCUCAGAGAAGUCGCCCGGUUAGCGGAGCCUACAGACCCUUGGGCAGACAUCACACAGGGGCCAUCGGAGUCCUUUGUGGAUUUUGCCAAUCGCCUUAUAAAGGCGGUUGAGGGGUCGGAUCUUCCAUCUUCGGCACGAGCCCCCGUGAUUAUUGACUGCUUUAGACAGAAGUCACACCCAGAUGUCCAACAGCUUAUACGAGCAGCGCCCUCCACAUUAACGACACCAGGAGAGAUAAUUAAAUAUGUUUUAGACAGACAGAAGGUUACCCCCCUCACGGACCAGGGAAUAGCGGCGGCCAUGUCGUCGGCCAUCCAACCCUUAGUCAUGGCGGUAAUUAACAAACAAGGAGAGGGUGGGCAGAGUGGAUCGGGUGGUCGCGCCCGGGGGCUUUGCUAUUCCUGCGGAUCCCCGGGGCACUACCAGGCGCAAUGUCCUAAAAGAAGGAGAUCAGGGGGUAACCAUGAUUGAUGCCAGCUAUGCGGCGGGUCAGGGCACACCGCCAAACAAUGUCGAAGAGUUCAGCCUCCCUCACGGGAUGAAGGCUUAACUCAGGGCCGUCGGUCGGGAGAGAGAUCCCUUUCAGGAUCAUGGCCUUUAUCUGCUCAGCCCACAGUGUCAUUGGCAAUGACCAUGGAGCACAAGGAUCGCCCCCUGGUCAGGGUUAUAAUGACUAACACGGGCAGUCACCCAGUGAAGCAACGCACGGUUUAUAUCACUGCGUUGCUGGAUUCUGGGGCUGAUGUUACCAUCAUCUCAGAAGAGGAUUGGCCCACUGACUGGCCAUUGAUGGAAGUUGCGAGUACACAAGUUUAUGGGAUAGGAGGGGGAAUCCCUAUGCGGAAAUCCCGAGAAAUGAUUGAAGUAGGGGUCAUAAAUCGAGAUGGUUCUUUGGAGCGGCCUUUGCUUCUCUUCCCGGCGGUAGCUCUGGUCAAAGGGAGCAUCCUAGGGAGAGAUUUUGCAAACCAAACGGCAUGUUUGAUAAAAUCUCUGAAUGUGUCUCUCCCAUGGGAUCCACAAGAAUUAGAUAUCUUGGGGUCACAGAAGGUACGGAAUGGGUCGCAUAAUGGCACACGUACCUGUAUUACCUUUGGGUCAGCGUGCUGGAAGGAAGGUGACUUUUUGACCUGCGACUUGUUUGACGGGGUAUUCAACGGCUCUGAGGGAUUGAAAGGACAACUGCAGGCCUUAAUUGCCCAGUGGGUAGGCACAGAUCCACGACUGGAGCCAUACAACGAAACCUCUUGGACUGUGGUCAGUCCUAUGAACACGAAGGCUUUUUCCAUUACUUCGGGUUAUUGCGGGUAUACCAAAAAUGAAACACGGGUCUUCACAAAGUACAAUACGACCUGUUUGUCAAAGGGUGGGGUCCUUUCUGGCAAUGUCCUUUCUGGCAAUGAAUCCCUAUUUAAUUGUACGGCAGUUUGGGACUUUUAUGGGUAUGGGUUCACUUUCAAAAAGGGGGCCAAUGAGGCGCUAUGGAAUAACAAAACGGCUAAGGCAUUACCCCCUGGAAUCUUCUUGAUCUGUGGGGAUAGAGCCUGGCAGGGCAUCCCGCACAAUGCCUUAGGAGGACCCUGUUACCUAGGGGAACUGACGUUACUGUCUCCGAAUUUCACGACAUGGAUGCAGUAUGGCCCGAACAUCACGGGUCACUAUCGUUGCCGAAAGCGUUCGAGCCCUCUCCCGGAGAAUUGUAACGACGAGAUAGAGUUAUGGAGUGCCACAGCACGGAUAUUCGCAUCAUUUUUCGCCCCUGGGGUUGCUGCAGCACAGAGCUUGGCUCAGAUAGAACGCCUAGCAUGUUGGUCAGUUAAGCAGGCAAAUUUAACAACAUUAAUAUUGAAUGCGAUGCUAGAGGACACAAACAGCAUUCGACAUGCGGUGCUGCAAAACAGAGCAGCCAUCGACUUCUUGCUCUUGGCACAGGGGCAUGGAUGUGAAGACCUAGAGGGAAUGUGUUGCUUCAAUCUUAGCGACCACAGUGUAUCCAUCCAUAAAGCGCUGAAAGCCCUGCGAGACCAUAGGAAGAUCCGAGUGGAGGACGACCCCAUCGGGGACUGGCUGAGAAGUGUGUUCGGAGGCAUAAGGGAAUGGGGUGUGCAUUUAUUGAAGGGUUUGCUUUUGGGGCUUGUAGUUAUCUUGCUCUUGAUAGUAUGUGUGCCUUGCCUGACCCACCUGGACACGUUGCAGGUUGAUGAUAGACCAACUAUGGGUUUUGUGAGGUCUGCAAUAAACACAGGGCACCUCAACUUUCACUGCUUUCCUGAAUACGCAGUGGGACAGGCAGGUUGCCAGUUAUGGUACCCAUAGUUUUACAUAUAGAACAGCUCAACAAAACAGUGGUUUAUGAAAUGAGGUAAGUAACAAAAAGAGUUUAGCUGAUGGAUCAGGAGGACCAAGGCUGAGUUUGCACAUACCAUGUUGCUGAACCAUACAUACAUCCUGGAGAAUAGCGUAGAAUGAGAUUCCCCACAUCUGUGAAGGAGGCUCGGACUUCUUCAUGCAAAACAGGCAGAAAAACUCCUGGCAGGAGUUCAGCCUAAGGAGACUGAUAGCAACACAUCUAGCAGCUGAUUAAAGGAACAACCAGAGCCACCUCCCUAUGCAUCAUCUGCCCCACACUGAACAGAGGGGUCCUGUGGGGCCUGCCGGGAUCCAUUGGUCUGCUUGAGCUGGGGAGGAAAAGUCCACAUGUGUAGAGCAGGGGUUUGAAAUCCAUCCUCAGCUCCAAGACCUGCAUGUAGAGAGCUAAGUACUCACUACACACGUUCCAGUAUGUAAUAACUUAAGAGAAAGCAAACAAGGAAAAGAUAGAGCAGGAUAAAAUGAAAGAGAAAGAAGGAAGAGGCUGCUAGGCAGCAACUAUACUUCAGCUACGUUUCCUAAAGCUUUGUGUUGCACAAUAAAUACUGAUUUUCUUCACUAAAAA